AUGACUCUGCCCGGUCUGACCGCAAAGAGAACGCCCUUCCCGGCUUCAAGGUCCCGCCCCUCGCUCCCACUCAACUGCACGCAAACUCAGAGCCUUCCUCUAGAAAAUGCCCAACCUGGACAUUGUGUUUCUGCCGCCAGAGACAAAGUGCCUCUAGGUCAAGCUGAGGUGAAGCGUUACGACACGGAGGAGUUUCCUCAGAAUGGAUCGGCGACGCUCAGCCCUUCUGCGACACGCCCUCAGUCUUCAGGAGGAGCCGCGGGGGGCCACGCCGUUUCACUUCUUUCGGGGAAUGAAAUAGAGCAUCAGGCGUCAGCAGAAAGAAAGGAAACUCAACAAUAUGUGGAAAUGCUUGUAUCUACUCAAGAAGCUGUCACACCAAAUACUAUGGAGAAUUCUACUCUCAGCAACGUGGAUUUCCUGGAUUCUCCAUUUCGCUAUAAGCUCUUCCCAGUUAUUUAUACCCUUGUUUUUAUUCUGGGGCUUAUUUCCAAUGUCUACAUACUGUUUGUCUUGCGGUGCCUUCGGGGAACAAAGGCUAUGGGAGAGAUCCGCAUCUACAUGACCAACCUGACCAUUGCUGAUCUCCUUUAUGUGUGCACCCUUCCCUUCUGGAUUGGUUAUUAUAUUCGCAGCGGUGAUUGGGUCUAUAGUGAGAUCAUGUGCCAGGUGUCUGGCUCCCUAUAUUACAUCAACACCUAUGGUUCUAUCCUUUUCCUUGGAGCUAUCAGCCUCAACCGAUACCUUGCGGUCACUCGGCCCCUGAAUACAGCCUCUUCAGAUCACAGGCGCCGUGGGAUCAUAGUGUGUGUUAUUAUCUGGUUGUUCACAGUUUCAAUGUCCAUUCCAAAUCUUACACAAAAGGGGACACACAAUGAUGGUAGCUUAACUCGAUGUUUUGAGGGAUACCACAAUGAAACAAACGAAGAGAAGAGGGCAGUUGCGACGACUCAUUUCUUAAUAAUUGGAUUGUUUUUUGUUGUCUUUUUCAUUAUUGUGAUAUUCAAUGUCCUUAUGGCUCGGGCUCUGGUUAUUCAAAAAACUCCUACGGCUAAAUUUUCCUCUCAAACAAACCUAUCUAAAAAGUCCCACAGAACCAUGUCAACCACAUAUGAAAGGCCCAGAGGGGUGAAACGUAGGGCUCUGAAGAUGCUCCUAGCAGUGGUGGGAGUGUUUGUUUUGUGUUUCAUUCCCCACCACAUAAUUCAAGGGCCCUGGGCACUGGCGGUCCUAAACAUCACAGAAGGCUGGGGCUCCAUGGACUGGAACCUGGACACUCGUCAAGCACUUAACGAUGCGCAUCAGAUCGCCUUGGCUAUCAUGAGCCUCAACAGCAUUUUUGACCCUGUCAUCUAUUAUUUUGCCACAAAGAAGUUUCGAAAGUUGAUUGUGGUCCACCUUAAAAAGCUAGUAAAGGGAGAGAGUAUCUGCUCCCACACAGUCAACACACACAUUUCAAUUGACAGCAAAGAUCAGAGCCAAAGACAUCACAGCAUUCACCCAAAUCCCAAUGAGGAAUAACUCAAGGAUUAUGUGUGUGAGAUGUCAUCAACUGAGUGACGUCCAUGGACUAUGUACUGGUUGAGCAGAUUCCUAGGUUUGAGUCCCACCCUGAGCCAGUUGUUCUAAGUCGUUAUUUAAUGCAUAUUAAAAGUCUUAAGUUCUUUUUGUCUUUAUUAACCAGUGUUUCUUGACUGUGGUUCUUCAGCCUCAUUGUCUUGCAUGCUUUCUUUUUUUCCCUGUUCCAUCACGCAUGAUUAAAAAUGGCUUUGCUCUUCCAUUUUUAAGAUCAGCAGUAAGUAGAUGGCCUUUAAGAUUCGGACUGGGAAACAAAAUAUUGUACUUAUACCGAGAACAAAGAGGAGCAAUCCCUUGCAGACUCUCAUUGUAUUAAACAAACUACUGAAUCAUUUAUUCAUUUUUUGUUGGUCAUUUUCAGUUAAAAAAUGUGUCUCAUUCCUAAGCUUCAGCAGCUAUGUGAAGUUUGACCCAUGUCAUCUGCUUAACAAUUCAUGGAUUAAGGACUAAUGAUUAAAUUGAUCCAUGAAUUUAUCUCCAGUAGACCUAAUUACUGUAAAAGUGUAUUUACUGGUAUGUCUUGAAGAUAACCCAGACAGCCUCUGCUCAUUAAAAAAGCAGCUGCUUGGGUUCACCAAAAAGUGGAUAAUACAGUUUAACUUUACACUGACUUUCUAUCCAUGAAUGAGUUGAUUUUAGAAUACAGCUGUUGUUUCAUAAAGCUUUAAUGUGGAUUGUCUCUGGUGUUUCUGUCCACGGGUUAAGAGCUAAACAUGGUUUUAUUGGCACCAUAUGUGGAACAAUGUUAGGACUUUUAUUAAUGAAUUCGAUUAAAAGACUUUUGAACUGAAUUGAAGGACUGAUGAAGACCUUUUAGCCGGACUGUACUGUACUUCUUUGCUGUUGUUUUUUAAAAACUGUAUAUUUUAUUAGCGCAGUUUCAGUCAUCUUGUUGCUGAUUUGUGCCACACAAAUAAAAUGACUGUAUCUUAAAAGAUGUAGAGGAAGUCAAACAUCCUCAUUCUUAGAUACUAGGAAACAUUAAACACAUUCAGCUUAUUUGUGUCUUAUCAGUAGGUAAUGUGGCUAACUAUCUCAGUUAUUUGAAUUUGUAUUUUACUGUCAGAUUGACGUUGUGUGUUGUGACAUUAAAAUGCAGAAGUUUUAAUACUUUUCCUGUUUCCCAUAUGACAUUUUUAUUUGCACCAGACCUCGAUCAGAUAAUCGUGGUAGACCCAUCAUGCUGAUUAUUCAGCAAUUUGCUACUUACUGAACCAGAAUUUGUUUUGUUUUUGUAUCUACUUUGAGCUUAGUUGAUGUUUGAAGCAUAUUCAUUCUACAUGGUGUUAUACUCAAAAUGUCGCACGGUGUUAUUUUUAUCUUUAAUCUUUAAAAAAAUGUGCUCCAUAUUUUUCUUUAAUAGCAUUUGUUUGUGACAAUAAGUUGUGGUGUUUCAAACAU